AAAAGUUUAAAUAAAAAUAAGAAAAAAUCGGAAUACUUCAACAAAAAUGUCCAAAUGGUGUGCUCUUAGCGUUAUGAAGGCCGUGCUCUGUGUGGGCUGCACGGAGGUGGACUAUGUGACCACCAUGGAAAAGGUAGACUUUCAGAGCACUUAUGCCCGCACUCAGGAUGGCAUUAUAAGGCGCAGUGGUCGCUCCUCCAAUGUGAGCACCAUCCUGCGUCUCCUGGGAGCCAAUGUGGAGCUUUUUGGCGUGCUCACCCGCAAUCCCAUGUACCGCAUUAUCCUAGACGAUCUAGAGCAAAGGGGCAUUGACAUUAGCCACUGCUCCUUUACGGACGAGAGUCCUCCCUUCUCCACCAUCAUCCAGGAGAGAUUUACACGCCGCUGCACUACGGUUUACUGUGACAAGCCCUUUCCUUAUGUCACGGCUGAGGAUUUCCGGAAGCUGGACCUCGAUCUCUACGGCUGGGUGAACUUCGAGGCUCGCUCUCCUGUGGAAACCUGCGAGAUGAUCCGCCUGGUUCUUGAUCACAACAAUGGACGCCUUGAAGAGGAUCGGGUGGUGAUCUCCCUGCAGAUCUACAAUUCCUUCAACCAGAUUAAGGAUCUCAUAGCAAUGUGCGACUUUGUUUUCCUCUCCAAGUAUGUAGCCGAGCAGCAGGGCUGGAACUCAGCGCGAGAGGCCUGCGAGGGCAUGAAUGACCUUUUGAGGAUGCCCAGGGACAUCAAAAUCAGGAGACCUUGCUUUAUAGUACCCUGGAGCAAUCUCGGGGCUGGUUGCAUGACCAGCGAUGGCAACUACUCGGAGGUGCCCGCCCACAAGCCCAAGAAGAUUGUGGAUCGGGUGGGGGACAGUGACUGCUUCACCGCCGGCUUCAUCUAUGCCAAUUUUGUGCGUCAGAGGCAAGUGAUCGAUGCCGUGGACUUUGCCAAUGCCGUGGCUAGUUAUAAGCUGGCCCAUGUGGGUUUCGAUUGCCUGGGCAGCAUGAAGGUGGACUCGGUGAAGCUGAGAGUCCACAUGGUGGAAGCGGAUCUGGUGUCCUCGGAUAGUGAGGAUGAAGACGAUCCGGAACGUCACUGCAAGAAGUAUCUGUUCAGACCCUUUGAGUUUCGAGAGGCAGACGAGGCUUCCAUAGUCACGCAGGAAGAGCAAGUUCUUGCCUAGUUUUUUGUUUUAAAAUUAUUUAAAAAUAUAUUCUUUUGGAAAACAAAUAUAUAUAAAAUUU